AUGAGAUGCUCAUCGGGUGCUGAUGAUGGCGGUAGAGCCCGUUUGAUAAGCGAUGCAGCCAGGGCGACUGCGAGCAGUGUACGACUCAGGCAUGGAUUAACAAAAUCUGCACUAUCCAUGGCUUCAUCUCUUGUCGAGACCAACUAUGCUGAUGGUUCUGCACCUAGACAUGAGACUGAGGCGCAUGUAAGCGAUUUUGUUGCCUUUUUUAUCAAAUAUUUGAUGUGGUUUGAGCUCUGCGAUAACAUAGUGAGCUUCGAUAUUUGUAUACUGCGCGGUGAAUGGGAUAAAUGUACACCUCUGCUUGAAAACAUUGAAGUUCUUGACGAAGCGGAAGCCGUGCUUCGAAAAAGUCUAUUCACGGCCGUCCGUGGAGAGCUGACUUCAGCACGAAAUCUUCUUGAAAACUCAUAUUCAAGAUAUGAAACGCCUGCAACUAUGUUCACGCAUCUGAGGCUUCGUUUACAACUGGCAAUGAUUCUCAGCGCAGAAUGUCGAUGGAGCGCCGCCACAGAGAUGCUGCAAGGCGUUUGUGAAGAAGCGAAUAGUAUCGAACAACGGAACGUAGCCGCUAUGGCUCAGAGAAGGAUUGCUGUCGUUCAGCUUAUGAGCGGAGACCAUCAAACAGCGUUGAAAAGUUUGUUGGAAUGCGAAGCAUCCAUUACUCGUUACUGUUCCAUACUGGAAAGAGCGCUCUUUUCCAUCGCAUUGGCACAGAUACAUGCGGCAGAGAAGAGGACUAAA